AUGUCUCUAUCGGCCAACGUCCCUCCUUCUGGUCGUAAAUGGGUUCCUUAUCUAAAGCGAGCUGAGGAGGUUGAUAAUCAAUACCCUCUAGUGUCUUUCUAUUGCCGACUAUAUGUGGCAGAGUCGUUGAUGGCCGCUCGACAACGCCCUGGAUAUGAUAAGGCAUUGGAUGGGACUCUGAUGUCGUUGCUGGAUAUCUGCGAGAGGGAGAAAGCCCAGCUGGGGCAGGCUCUCGAAGAUGGACCUCAGAAGUUAGAAGAUUUUUGUAUAAGCGUCUUUGGUCACGCCGACAACGAAGAUCGGAGUGGUGAAAUAACGGCCGCCACGAGUAUGAAGUUCUAUUGCGCUUCGUUGUUUUUCGAUGUGCUAGAGGGAGUGCAAGUUGACGGCAAGGGCGUUUUGUCGACAGAUUUGGAAGAAAAGAGAAAAUAUGCGAAGUAUAAGGCAGUUUACAUCAACAAAUGCUUGAAGGAAGGAACGCCUCCCCAACCCGGUCCUCCCGGAGGAAUGCUGACGAGCGACUCGCCGCACUCACAGCAGGCCAGUGAGCCUUCAAUGGCACCUCGGGGUGCUUUCCAUUACAGCGAUGAUGGCCCUUCUACAACGACCGCUGCGUCGAAUGGCUCGACGGCAACGACCGCUGCGCCCGACAGGAGUAAUACAGCAUCCGUGAAAGCACCUGCCGCUCGAACGGAGGCCUUCAAGGGAUCGAAAGAGGAAGUUGAUGAGCGGCAACAUACGAGUGGUAUGAAGUUCCACGCGAGCACAGCAGCGUUUCAGAAGCGACCAACGGCAGCGCAAAUGCAAGAGGCGAAGAAGAAGUGUCACCAUGCUAGUAGUGCUAUUGAUUUCGACGACAGAGCCACCGCGAUAAAGCUCCUCACUGAAGCUAUAGCGCUUCUGCAAGGCAACGGAAAUUAGUGAGGUGGGUUUUGAUUUUAGUGACACUUCUGUAUGACAUGCUAUGUUGGAGUGUUGGAGUGUCGCAUUUUUAUGAGCUCUGUGUGGUCUUCUAGGUUGACGAUCAUCGCGGUAUGAAUUAUACCGCAGAAGUAUUAU